UCUCAACUCUCAAGUAUCGAUACACUUGUGCUAACGCUAAGAAUAAACUUGAGCGGCCUAUAAGCUGCAUGGUGAUUUGUGACAGUUGUCAAACAGCAGUCUAUUUUGGAGUACCAUUCUCUUAAAGACGUUGUUAAUAAAGUUAAUACAGAAAGUCUGUAGUUCCAUAUUCCUCUGUGGAUUUGUACUGACAAGUAAAUAUUGUUAUGUUUUGCAUGUUCUCGUGUAAUGCAAGGGACGUACAAUCACAGAUGACUAAGCCCCAGCUGCUAAAGAAAAAUUUGGAACUGAAAAAUGGUUGAAACACAUUAUUCAACAGCAUUUACACACAUUUUACUAGCUGGCUCAACUCUGUGGGCUCUGAAGUCUACAUUUAAUGCUACUGAAUAUCCUUACAAAUGGAUAUAUGGAACAUUUGUACCAUUACUUGUAUUAUCCAUUUUGGGCAUAUUCAGAUUUGGUAACCCACAAUAUGGACAUAAGUUGAGAACAUUGUAUAACAAUAUUCUGUUUCUGAGUUCAACCUUGUGUUUCCCAUGCUUGGCAACAGAGCUUCAUCUCUAUUAUGGCUAUGAUGGCAACUUUGCACUUAUGAAUAUAGUAGCAGCAGUGUUUCCUGUUGUGUGUUAUUAUGUUAGUAAAAAACCAAGUGACUAUAUGUCUGACAUGUCUUUAAUUUUAAGUUUACUUUUUGUGUGUUACAUAGGCUAUGUGGCAAGAAAUUACUAUGCUUUAGCUGCUGCCCUUUGUUAUGCAGCAAACUUUUUUGUUAUUGGUACGUGUGGUACCUUUGCUGAUAUGCCAGCUGUGGAACUUUUCACAGUUGGUCUUUGUUUUUUUAACUGGUUCACUGCCAGAGCUGUAAAAGACUGAUUACCUGAUAUUUGAAAAUUUACACCAUCACUAUGGUUGCCUAACAUCCAUUAAUGAAGAUUCCUGUUUGAUUGACAUGUUUUGUUGAAUUGAGGAACAUAUUUUUAUGCCCUUUGCAGCAUCAUCAUAUGAAAACACAUUAAAGAGUUUUUCACUACCUCACUUGGUAAAUAUUUUCAUAUGUAUGCUCUUAACAGUCGGUGUAAUCCAAGCUGUAAUGAACAAGAAAUGUAUUUUGAAAUUAAUAUUCAUGGAUAUAUUUUGAAUAUCAUUUUACUGUUUUAAGAACUCUGUGAAGCAUAUUUUGUAAGCCCUAAAAUAAAUUAUUUGAUAAAGUGA